AAAAGUGAUUAUUCAUAAAAGGAAAGCCCAUCCUCGUUGUUGUUGAUAAAACCCCUCCUUGCUGUUAUGAAUCUCAGCUUUACUAAUCACAAACAAAUUCCUUGAUGAACGGCGUCUUCGCCUCCGCCGCCUUCCGAUACCAAAUAAGAAUGAUUCGAUCCUCCGGCGCAGCACAACCAUUUCUCCUCCCAGGUUCCGUCCUCUCCUCAUUCGUCAAAGCACUCUCAUUAUCCAUUGCGCCCGCUGCCGACCUCUACUCUCAAACAAUUUCCCUCAUAUGCCAACCGAAUUGGCAGAAACACCCUUCCAUCGCCAAAUUGAUUCCGACUAUAUCACCUUCUCAUUUCUCCUCUUUCCUCUCUCACCACCCAAAUCUCAGCACUAAGAAUGCCCUAGAGCUUUUCGAUUUUCUCACACUUACCCCCGGUUUCAAGCCGAAUGUCGAAACCUAUGCUUCGCUUUUGCACUUUUUGGUUAAGAAUAAAGCCUUUGCUGAUGCUGAGAAAAUCCGAAUUCUGAUGGUCAGGUCUUGUCAGGCGGAGGAGGAUGCGAGGUUAGCGUUGAGCAUUCUGCUCGAGUUCAAUCGCGGUGGUGAUGAUGGUAAAUUUAGGUUUAGGAUUAGCAUUCGUUGUUACAACAUGCUUUUGAUGUCGCUGGCGCGGUUUGCGAUGAUCGAUGAGAUGAAGUCUGUUUAUAGGGGGAUGUUGGAGGUUGGGGUAUCACCAAAUGUAUAUACUUUCAAUACGAUGAUCAAUGCUUAUUGUAAAUUGGGUAAUGUGAGGGAAGCUGAAAAUUAUUUGUCUAUGAUUCUUAAGGCUGGCUCGAAGCCGGAUACACACACUUUCACGUCGUUUAUUUUAGGAUACUGUAGGAGAAACGAUGUAGAUAGUGCGAGUCGAGUUUUUGUGACUAUGGGGAAAAAGGGUUGUCGGAGGAAUGAGGUCUCCUAUAAUAACUUGAUGCACGGUUUGUGUGAAGUUGGGAGGUUAGAUGAGGCCAAAAGGCUGUUUUUGCAAAUGAAGGAUGAUAAUUGUAUUCCAAAUGUCCGAACAUACACGAUUCUAAUUGAUGCUUUGUGUGGCUCAGAUAGGAAGUUGGAGGCUUUGAACUUGUUUGAGGAGAUGAAGGAGAAAGGCAUUAAACCAAAUGUUCAUACCUACACUGCAUUUAUUGACGCUGCAUGUAGAGAAGGUAUGCUCGAUGAAGGCAGGAAAUUGCUGGGAACUAUGUUAGACAACAGGUUGGUUCCUAAUGUAGUUACUUAUAAUGCUUUGAUCAAUGGUUAUUGUAAGAAUAGAAUGGUAGAUACAGCAUUUGAAAUAUUUGACAUGAUGAAGUCAAAAAAUUGUAGUCCAAAUGUGCGUACAUAUAAUGAAUUGAUUUCUGGAUUCUCUGAGCAGAAAGAAGUGCACAAAGCAAUGGCUCUCCUUGGUAAGAUGCUGGAGCAAAAGCUUUUGCCCAAUCUUGUUACUUUUAACCUUUUAGUAUGUGGGCAAUGUAAGCAGGGCGACACAGAUAGCGCUCUUCGCCUGCUCAGGUUGAUGGAAGAGAAUUAUGUUGUCGCUGAUCAGUUUACCUAUUGUCCUAUCAUCGUUGCUUUAUGUGAGAAAGGGAGUGUUGACGAGGCAUUUGGCAUUUUUGAAUCCCUCAAAGUGAAGGGCAUAAAGGCGAAUGAAGUCAUCUAUACUGCUCUAAUUGGUGGAUAUUGUAGUGUUGAAAAAGUGGACUUUGCCUUACAACUCUUUAAAAGAAUGUCUGCGGAGAGUUGCCUACCAAACUCAUACACUUACAAUGUACUGAUCAAUGGAUUGUGCAAAGUGAAUAAACUAUUUGAAGCUUUUAAUUACAUGGAAAAGAUGUUGGAGAUGGGCAUGAAACCUUCAAUAGUUACUUACUCAAUUGUGAUUGAGCAAAUGUUGAAAGACUUCGACUUUGACAGAGCUUACAAAGUCUUGAAUUAUAUGGUUGCUAUGGGAUGUAAACCUGAUGUCUGCACAUAUACUUCUUUCCUUGUUGCAUAUUGCAACCAAGGAAUGUUGAAAGAAGCUGAGGACAUGAUGGCUAAGAUGAAAGAAGAAGGGGUCCGACCGGAUUUGAUGGCUUUCACUGUACUAAUUGAUGGAUAUGGACGUUCAGGGUUUCUGGAACUUGCUUUUAGUACCUUGAAGUCUAUGAUUGCUGCUGGGUGUGAACCAUCUGAUUAUACCUAUUCCGUUCUAAUAAAGCAUCUUUCUCAUGAAAAGCUAAUCAAGAGAAGUGGUCGAACAUGGCUAGAUUCAAAGCCAAUUAAUCUCUCCAUUAAUAUUGCUGAUGUGUGGAAAAUAAUGGAUCAUGACACAGCUCUUAAGCUCCUUGAGAAUAUGGAAAAGUAUGGCUGUCCACCGACUAUAAAAACUUAUAAUGCGCUCAUUACUGGGCUUUGUAGAGAAAGGCGCCUCGAUGAAGCCUGGAGGUUGGUUGAUCAUUUAAGACAAUGUGGGUUGUCUCCAAAUGAAGACAUGUAUAACAAACUAGUGGAUUGUUGCUGCAACUUGAAAUUGUUGGAGGAAGCUACAAAUAUAAUUGGUGUGAUGCUCAAGCAUGGAUUAUUACCUCAUUUAGAGUCCUUUAAGGUGCUUGUAUGCGAGUUGUAUAAUGAAGGAAGUGAUGAGAAGGGUAAGGCAACCUUCUGUCAGCUGCUGCAAUGUGGUUACAAUUAUGAUGAAGUGGCUUGGAAGGUUUUGCUUGAUGGCUUGCUGAAGAGGGGCUUUGUGAAAGGUUUCUAUGAGCUAGUUGGUGUUAUGGAAAUAAAUGGUUGCCCCCUUAGUCCUCAAACUCAUUCCAUGUUAAAUCAGGGCAUCCGUGAUCACAGUGCAGAUGGAAGAUAAUGUGCUACGUGUUUCUUAUGAGACCUUUCCAGCGCUGUUUAGCAACAUGAAGAGAUCCAACGGUAACUCCGGAAAUCCAUCCUCUUGGAUAUGUUUGUUUGUAUGAAUCCCAGAGUCCCUAUAGAUUCAACACUUUGCUGCAUAUGGCCGUAUUUGGCAUGUUUUUACUAAUGGUUAAAAUGGCUGUACAGUUCAUUUGCUUUAUGGAGUAGUAAUGUAGUAUAGAACAACUAGUCUGUCCUGGUUUGAAUAAAUUUGAGUUUUAUAAGU